UUUACGACCGACGUAUUUCCGGAUAAGGUGCUAGCUGUGGAACGGUGCCUGCUCGUUGAACAACAGUUGACAGGAGGACCAUUUUACAAUAUGAGUGGACCCCGGAAGCAUAGUCUUCUGGACAACAUCCAGGCGAGAUUCCAACAACAGCACGAGGAACGCCAGGAACGGGUGGAGAGGCAGCAAGCUAAGCGUGAGGCAGAAAUAGUUCACAGCCGUUACCUUAAACAGUACGUUGUCGACCCAACAGAAAUGGCAAACGCCAAGUUUGUUGUGGACCACUGGGCCAAGAGACAUGGAACCACAGUCGAAAAGCAUAUCAAACAGGCCAUCAAAGCAAAAGGCCAAACGCCCAAUCAAAGACGAAGACAAGGGCAACAGGACAGGUCACGACAGGAUAGGCGUUACCAACAUCAAACCAACUAUACUAUCCAGCAGGAAAGACUUGCUAGAGGUGUGGCAUCUGUGAGUGGUCCUUACCAUCCAGUGAACAGCCCUGGUGCCUCCAAACAAACUAAAGCUAGAAUUCCAGAAUCUUCCAGUAGUAUUGACAGAGUAGUGUCACAGUCUCCCCGAGGGUCAAACAGCUCUGGGUAUAGCCAGAGUCCUGAUCUAAGUACAGCCCACAAACCAAGGAAAGCUAAGGUCUGUACAGACACUGGGAGGCAUAACAUAAGUACCUGUCCCAAAGAUAUCUCCGAAUACAUAGAUGUUGAUCUUUUAGAUGAGUCAAUGUCACUUGGAAAUUGUGUCAGGGAAUUUAAUAAGCAAGCUACUGUCAAGAAAUGUGCAUCAGAGAAGAAGUCUUCUGUUGUCAAGAGGUCAUCACCAGUCAUGUGUAGCCAGGAUACAAACAAGAAACUGUCACAGUUGAAUAGUCACAGAGACCUGGACACCAACCAGGGGGGCUAUUCUAAUCCAGUCACAAUCAAGGAAGAGAUUCUGGUUGAAGAUGAAGAUGAUAUUUCAUUCAUCUCAGUAGACUGUCCGGACAUAGCAGCUGUGACCCCUGACCCUGUUACCCUUGACUCUGUGACCCCAGUCCCAGUGACAGCUAGUCUGUCAGGGACAAUGUGCUGCGUGGUCAACUGUGGUGCUGACUUCUCCACCAAAAGUGGAAUACUUGAGCACGAAGCAAGCUUUGAUCACUCUCCCUGUAACCCACUACUCCUGACCAAGGACUGUCGCCUUCCUCCUACCCCUCUGGGUUAUGCCUGUCCGAAGUGCUUUCAAGUGUUUAAGACAGGCAGCGAUUGUUUGGAGCACCAGAAGAUGGUUCCUGACCACCUAGCAUUCCUGCCCCCACUGAGUGUGGCCUGUUAUCUCUGUCCUCAGUGCUUGGCACUGUUCCCCUCCCACCAUCACUGUCAGCACCACAUCAACCACCUCAGCCAUCACCGCACCGCCUACCCUUUCCAUGGUGACACAGGGAACCAAGCCAGUAAUUCACCAAUCCCAGUGUCCCGUCCACUAGCCGAGGAUUUUCUCACCAGGUGUCGCUUUGUAACCUUCUCUGUCAGCUGUUUGGAUUGUACACUGAUUAUAGAGUCAAAUGCAGAAAUGGUCGAGCACCUCAAGGAAACCGAUCACCAACACUGGCACUUCAUCACCACAGCAACACUACAACAGGUGGAAGUUUUUUCGAAGUACUUGGAAAGCCAUGCUUGUUCUACCUGUGACAGUGUGAUGGCCGCUCCAACUUCUGACAACAAUAUUCAUAACUGUGUAUCGGAUGAAACAGAGUCUGUGAUUGGUCAGAUCAAAUAUCUUGAUUGUCAGACAUUCAGAGACUUUGUACGAAGAUGUUGUAUAUCCUUUGCUGUGUCCCAAGAUGUAGAGCUCACUAAUAGAAUUCCUUAUCAAAACCAAUCUUCUCCAAGGAAGCUUACCUUGAACAGAAAGCGAAAACGUAGCAGUGACUCAGUUUGUGGAAAGGAGAUCAAGGUUGAGGCAAGUCCCUGUGCUGAUGAUGUGGAUAUCUUCACAGAGCGAUCAAGUAGUUCUUUUCCAACUGGAAAAGAUGGUCAGACUAAAUUGACCAGUGAUGCGUCCUUAGAAAAUACUUCAUUGGAGAAUACCAAAUAUCAGUCACCUGUCAAACAGAUGCCAACUGUACAUUUGGGGAAAGUUAGGGAAAAUAAUGAUCAUGAGGAGUCCUCAACAAAACAUUCUCAGAUUUUACCUUCAGACUGUCCAAUUCUGGAAUGGUUAAACAUAACUGACCAGUCUCUGAUUGUCCCAGCUAACCUCAAUAAGAUGUUGAACAUCGUCUUUGUUAACUUAGACAAUUGGCCCUACUUCUUCAGGAAGCUGCCUCUCACACUCCCGGAUCGUACCUUUGUCUGGGGCUUCUGUGGCGGAACUUUGCAGGAACCGCACAGCUGCCCAGUGUAUGACCACCAGAGGAGGAAUGGUCAGUUCUACCUCAGCCCACCAUGUGGCCAUAGUAAGGACGCGGCUGACUUUACACUUUGUCUCACGUUUGGCCGCAUGGAUGAGCGUCUAGAUAAACGUGUCCACUUCACCAUUCUGUCUGGUGAGCAUGGUUACCAGGAGCUGGACAGGCAAAAGGAAAAAAACAAUCGUACAGUUGUACUUAUUGACCCUAGCGAUACUCAACAAUGGUCAGACUACAGCACUCUCUACACCAUCAUUAGUAGUGUAGGGGACCAGUGAUUUAUGGUUACUGGUGGUGUGUGGGGACCAAUGGAAUGUGUAACCAGUAUGUACAACCCAUUCACCCCUAAAGUCGCAUUUGAACCUUACCAAGUCAAAGACUGGGCAAGUCCAGUUUAGAUAUGCAGGGGUGAAUGAGUAAUGGGACCAGUUGCAUUUGAUAUCAGUAGAGUCAACAUGAAAUGCUAUAUAUCUGCCUGUAUCCAUAAGAUUUCUCCACAUUUCAUAGAAAUAUAUGCAAGCAUAAGAAGAUGAUAAACAAUAAAAAUGUUGAAAGUC